UUAUAGAUUUGUAUGCUUUACUGUGUUGAAAAUGGACACUAUGUAUAGUAUUACAGUCUUAUUGUUACUAUUUUUUUGUUCUAAAAUUGUGACAUAUCAAGAUUAUCAUGAAAGAGAUUUUUGUCGAAUGUACAAUUCAAGUGAGAUUGGUAUAUGUACUCUGUUUUGUGAUAACAAAAAAAAAUUCGAUAAUAUUGACAGCAAAAAUCCUUGUGGACUUUCACCAUUAAACUAUUCUCUAGUUUGUUGUCCAUUAAUUUGGCAAGGACCUGGUUCACGGAGUAAAAAAGAAUGUUUUGAUUAUUAUUUACACAAGGAAGCAAUUUAUCCAAACGUUGAUAUCAAGUUGGCCAGAGCCUUACCAAGAGAAUUCCCGCAUAUGACAGCGAUUGGUUUCGGUGAAAAACCCAACAUUUCUUGGUUAUGUGGAGGAUCCUUGAUCAGUUUCAACUUUGUUCUUACUGCCGCCCAUUGUAUUCACACACUGGACCACGGAGAAGUAAAAUGGGUGCGACUCGGCGAUUUAGACUUGAAAAAUACCACAGAAGAAGCCGAUCCUAGAGACAUUCCCGUUGAACACAUUUAUGUCCACCCCAAAUAUAAAUCUUCUUCCCAUUAUCACGACAUUGCUUUACUUAAAAUAAAUAGAUCAUCUUCAGUUAUUUCACAUUAUUUCAGUGCUGCUUGUUUAGAAACAGAAGAGCGUUCUUAUGAUCACCUCCAAGCAAUUGGUUGGGGUAAAACUGACUAUUUUGGUGAAACAAGCAGUCAUUUAUUAAAAGUGAAUUUGACUACUGUACCGUAUAGAAAAUGUAAACAAAGGUUUACUUCUUCAAGAAGACUCAAAGUGGGAAUUAACGAUACAGAACAAUUAUGUGCAGGUGAUUCCGAAGGAGGAGAUACAUGUCCCGGUGAUUCAGGUGGACCCUUACAUUACAAGAAAAUGGCAUUCUAUUCUGCAUUCCUGGGCGAUAUAGACUCACAUUUUGUCGUGGUUGGUGUCACUUCUUUUGGAAAAGGUUGUGGAAUUAAAGAUUCAAUUGGAGUUUAUACUAAAGUUUUUUCGUACUUAAACUGGAUAGAAGAUAUUGUUUGGCCCAUUGAUUCUGUUGAAGAAUAAAUCGUUACUACCGGUCAAGUAACAUAUUGGACCCGAAUUACGGUGUUUAUUUUGAUUUUUUUUAGUUACACACUAUAAUAACUUUUGAAACAUUUAUGUUAAUCAAUAAUUGCGACUAAUUUUAAUAAACAGAGGAUUUUGUUUGAUGACAAA